AUGGCGGGUACGCCGUACCCGCAAGGCUGGUCCAAUAUCCCUACGACUUAUUCGCCUGAACCCCCGUUGAGCCAUCCAAGCCUAUACCAAGCAAACCCGCAUGGGAAUAUCACACCUCCAUCGGGCGCUCCAGUGUUUCCAUCGCCCAGGGACCAUUUUGUGGAACAUUAUCCAACUCCAUCUAACCCAUCGACUGCUUUGACCUCUACCUGGUACGAGCCGACGCAGCCGUCUGUGCCACAAUGGCCGUUACAAACCUAUGCGUCUGAGCCGCAAGAAUCGGAUGAGGAUUCCACACAGAACAGCUAUACUCUGUCGCCUUCUAGCCAAAGCUCCGCGAGCUCUCCCCUGUGGGCAACAGGCCAUUCCCCUUCGUACUCUCAACUGCUUUUGGCAAGAUCUGUCGGGCGCACUCCCCGGCUCAGAUACCUAAUCAGCUACUAUGCGGAGGUCAUUGCACCGAUGAUAGUUGCCUUUGACACUCCAACUAAUCCUUUUCGCACUCAUAUUCUUCGUUUGGCCGAGGACAGUGAAUCCCUUCAGGAAGCUAUUGCAACUCUCUCCACUAGUAACUUACGACAGAGACGGGAGCGUAAGACAAUGUCGACCGAGAGGACACUUCCGGCUCGUAUGUCGUCUUUGGCUCACCGUGCACUGACAGAAGGUGCCUUUGAAGAACGACAUGGUCUCCCAAUCUCCGAGGCCUUUGUCCAGGGGGAGUGGCGUCACCGAAUCAAGGCUGUUAACGCUCUGAAUGCCGAACUGGCAGAUCCCAAACGCAUGCUUGCGGAUUCGGUGCUGGCGACCCUAUUAAUUCUUUGUCUUUUUUAUGUCUGUGACACAGGAGUGGCUCAGUUUAAAAAGCAUUUUGCGGGGGUCACCAGAUUGCUGGCCAUGAGGUUGCGUGGUUCCAAGAAAGUUUCAGACGAGCUCAAAUGGUUCAUUCGCAUGUUCACCUGGUACGAUACAAUGACGGCAACUACCAAUGACCGCGAGAUUCAGCUUCGCGGGCCAUGUUUGGAUGUCGCCGCUCUGUCGGAUGGAGAAUGGCCCCUGGAGAAUUUGGCUGGCUGCGAUUCGGGACUUUUCAAAUUGAUUGCACAGCUGGGUCGUUUGAAUCUACUGAGCCAGAAUCAGACGGUGGCGGGCCCAGCGCCUCACGAUGCGUUUAUGCCCACGGUCCCUGUUCCCCCUUUAAUGGCCUACCCUCAAUAUUCAGGUAAUCUGUCCGCUAUGGGCACAUUUAGCAUGAAUGGAUUACCUAUAUCAACCCCGCCACGCCCUCAUGACCAGGAAAGGCAGCCCAUGUCUCAAGCUUUCUGGACCGAGUGGUAUCCUCUUCGACAAAAGCUUGAGUCAUGGCGGUUUGUCCCGCCAAAUGAUCAACCAUUCUCUCCAUUUUCCAUGAACUCUGGAGUCACCCCUAAUCAGGCCUACAUAUCACCCCCCUCUUCACCAAUCUCCCAGCAUAUUGUGGCACCGGAAAAUGUCGAGGAUGUCUAUCAUACAUCUGAAGCCUUCCGUCAUUGUGCAAUCCUUUACAGCGAACGAUUAGCAUACCCAGACCUUUCGUCCAGCGACCCCCGCAUUCAGAACAUUGUCCAUGUAGCGAUACACCAUAUCUCCGUCGUUCAAUCCGACGUAUAUCUACUGUGGCCCCUCUUUAUCACUGGUUCUGAGUGCGUGCUCGAAAAUCACCGCACUAUUAUCCGCGAACGCUGCAAAGACAUAUCCAAAGACUCGGGUUUCUUCAACAACCUAUCGUGCCUCGAACUUCUGGAGAAGAUAUGGACUCAGAAUCCUGCCGAGGAUGGAGAAAGCAGCACCGGAGCGAGGUCCAGUCCCACGGGCAUUGCCUGGCCUUCGGGUGAAGCGACCUCGACACAGAUAUCCGCCCCUAGUAGGCAAGGCUUCCGAUGGCACCAUAUCAUGCGGGCCAAACGAGCAGAUGGAGAAUACAUGGUGGUGUGA